AUGGAGGUGAUGGGUGACCACAAAAGCUAUUCCAGUAGAACGACAGCCGCGGUGAUAGCAGUCAGGCAUUUGGUGUGGUCGCCUAAGAGGUGGGCCUGCGGCGGCGGCGGCCCGGAACCGUGUGGGCCUGCGCGGUGUUCUUCCUUUCCGAUCCGCCAUCUGCGGUGGGGUCGCCGCCAAGAUGCAGAUUGGGGGGUGAAAACCCUCACGGGGAAGACCAUCACUCUCGAGGUUGAACCCUCGGAUACGAUAGAAAAUGUCAAGGCCAAGAUCCAGGAUAAGGAAGGAAUUCCUCCUGAUCAGCAAAGACUGAUCUUUGCUGGCAAGCAACUGGAAGACGGGCGCACUUUGUCUGACUACAAUAUUCAAAAGGAGUCCACGCUUCAUCUUGUGUUGAGACUUCGUGGUGGUGCCAAGAAAAGGAAGAAGAAGUCGUACACCACUCCCAAGAAGAACAAGCAUAAGAGAAAGAAGGUCAAGCUGGCUGUCCUGAAGUACUACAAAGUGGAUGAGAAUGGCAAAAUCAGUCGCCUUCGUCGGGAGUGCCCUUCAGAUGAAUGUGGUGCUGGAGUUUUUAUGGCCAGCCACUUUGACAGACAUUAUUGUGGCAAAUGUUGUCUGACCUAUUGCUUCAACAAACCAGAAGACAAGUAAUUGUAUUUGGGUUAAUAAAAGACAUGAACUAACA